CUGUGAACUGACGUGCUUUACUGGAGUUAGAGAUGAUACAGUGUUAGUUAACAUGGUGUGAAUUAAUAUUCAGUUUAUUCGGUUUGUAUUGUGGCAGCUGUUUUAAGGAUGACACACGGUGAAGUGAAGGAUCAGAGGUGGAUUUGCGCUUUUCCAGAAUAUUUGCGAGUUUUUUAUCCAGAUGUUUUUGGGGGUGGACUACUCCCUGACCAUUUUUAUUAACCCCUACGGUGUAUGGAAAGUGCUCCUGGAUGGACCUGGGCGAAAACAGCUGGUCCAUGGUCAAGCGAGAAGUAUCCAGCAGCCCAGGGUCGCCGGCUGAGCAGACCUACCUGCCCGGUGACAGCAGGAGGGACGGUCCCACCUCGGAUGAGCUGAGGACACCUCCGAGCGAGCUUGACGCACUGGGGCACCGCCGCUCCGACGGCAGAUCAUUACACUCCUACGUUCACUUCGGACACCAUAACAACACCCUGACCACUACCGAGGACAUCCCGCUGUUUACGGAUUUAGACCAAGGCAGCAAACUCGUCUUCUCCAGCGGAGCGCACAAGGCGAGCUUGCUGGUGGACCCGGCCGACAUGUACCAAACAAUCGCCAUCGCCGCAGCCCAGAGCCAGACUGGAUAUGAUUCCUCCUCUGGUGGUUAUAUGCACUCCAAUCCCAACUCUCCCGUGUACGUGCCUAGCUCCCGGGUAGGCCCCAUGAUACCCAGCCUGUCUUAUCUGCAGGCCAGCGGCUCUGCACAGCCCAGCCACGCCGUCUCCAGCCACUCGGUCUGGUCUCAGUCCACCCCGGAGAGCCCUUCAUACAGCACCGGGAGCCCGCACACCUCCAGCCGGUUCCACUAUCCUCCAAGUCCGCCCAUGAAUAACGGGACGCCGAGAGACAGCGGCUACAGUAACACACUGAAUGUGAGCAACAGAGACCAGUACGGACUUUCUCGGCCCCUCAGCGGGACCUACCCGAGUCCAUACUCUCCUUAUGUUGCACCGCAGCUCUCCCAGCUGCCCUCACCUUGGACCGGGGGACAUUUCGAUAACACGAUGCUGCACACCUUGCAGAGCAGAGGCGCGCCCUUGAUCCGAGGACCAAACGGAGUUUCAGAUAUUCUGGACGACAUGGGCGAGAGCAGAGAGUGCGUCAACUGCGGCUCCAUCUCCACGCCGCUCUGGAGGCGCGACGGCACGGGCCACUUUCUCUGCAACGCCUGUGGCCUGUACAGCAAAAUGAAUGGGCUGAGCAGGCCAUUAAUUAAACCACAGAAACGGACGUCAACGUCCAGAAGAAUCGGCCUGUCCUGCGCCAACUGUCAAACCAGCACGACCACUUUGUGGCGCAGAAACGCCGAGGGAGAGCCGGUGUGUAACGCAUGUGGGCUCUACACAAAACUACACGGGGUACCUCGGCCGCUCGCCAUGAAGAAAGAGGGAAUUCAGACAAGAAAAAGAAAACCGAAAACAUUGAAUAAAACAAAGGGAUCCUCUGGAAAUAACAACUCUAUCUCUAUGACUCCCACAUCCACUUCUUCAUCCAAUUCUGAAGACUGCUCAAAAACCAGCUCUCCCUCUGGACAGGUCUCCGGGGUCAGUUCAUCUGUGCUGUCCAGCUCCGGGGAGGGAACAGGCUCGGGCUCAGCGGUGAAGUACCCGGCACAGGACGGCCUGUACACCAGCGUGGGCCUGACCCAGCCAUCAGAUGUAGCUUCAGUGAGGGGUGAACCCUGGUGCCCCAUGGCUUUAGCUUGAACAUUUAAAUCUUUUGGGAGGACAGCAGUCUCUGGCCCCUUCUGCCUGGAUGCUAUGUAAUGUGGAAGUAUUCGGGGGCAAUGUUUGUUUCCUUCCUCGCAGCUGAUGCAAGAAGAGUCAGACUGGGGGGAAAAGAAGGGUGAAACCGCCUUAGGUCAUGCUGCAAGCUUGAACCGAGAUUGGAAUAUCUGGGAUUUGUUUCCAGAUUGGUGUGGGGAUCUUGUUGCCUUAAAACAAAAAAAAAAAAAACAAAAAAAAAAAAAAAAAAAAGAAAUGACAAAAGGGAAACGACAGGCCAGAUGAUCAAUCAGAAGGCCUGAUGUGGAUGGUUUCUGGACCUGCCGUGCACUCGAUAUCUCUCCCAUCCAUGGCACAGAAGAACCAGAUCUGGGUUCUUCAAAGAAGGCCAUCAUGUACAUAAUGGAUUUCCUCUCUGAAGAAAAAGCUGUUGAUUGGAUACCAGCGCUUCCCAAAGCGCCAUACUCUUUAAGGACGUUUAGAUUUUCUUUUUCUUUCCACAACUGGAAUCAUGCCACAAGUGCCAAGACAACUUUUAUGAAUCAAAAGAAAAAAAAAUAUUUAUAAAUCUUCCAUUGUUGAAAACAUGGCUAUGAUUGUUAAUAAAGAUAUCAAUAUAGAGUAGAAGUUAAACCAUUCUGAUGUCUUCUUUUUCUAAUUUUUGUUUUCUCUGUAAGUGGUUGUUAGUAGUACAGUAGUGUUGAAUCUGCACAUGUUUUCCACUGAAAGCUCUUACUGUAUUUGACUGAUACUAGAUACUGGUUUAAACAGGGUAUGUCGUCUAGUGUUUUUGUUUAAUUAUUUACUAAAAAAAAUUUGCAAAUAAUCAACUCCUUCAGACUAAUUUUUGAUACUGAAACCUUGUCAGCUGUUGGGUAGCAUUAAGGUACUUCUCUUAAAGCGGAGCUACAAAAAACUGUUUUACACGUGAAGCAGCUCGUGGCUUGUUUGAACAAAGCACACCCAGACUAGCUGUGAGCCUACUGACCUUCAUGUUACAAAUCAUAAACUGCAAAAGAAGACUGUUGGCUGCACUACGUGACUCACUAUAAACUGUAUACCUUUCACCAUGCAAGCAUGUACUGUUGCAUCAUUUUUAUACCAAAAUUAGACCAAAGUGGAGUGUGAGGUCAUCUCUGAACAAAUUCAUGUGUCUUCGAUGACUUUGACUAAUCCCUGUGAGGAUUUAAGAGGAGAGUGACGGCCCAGAUUAACAUGAUGAGGCGUUAAAGUGGUCAAUGAGAAAAACAAAUACAGAAGCAAACACUUCAUAUUACAUCAUUAUAAUAUUUUCUUUAAAAUGUGCCUUUAUUGUGGUCAAAUAUUUGAACUCACAGUAGAAUGGGUGGCAUGCAGAAUCAAAAUUUGAGGUAUGUUUGAUUCUGCACCUUCCAUGUCUGCAUGUCCCCCAGCUAUUGUGUGGGCGGAGUCUCGAAAAACUAUUUCAGGCCACAAAACAACCACGAGGGGAUUCAAACCUGAAGGAAAUAUGAUGAGUUAGAUGUGAACCUUGGCAUAAAGAGGGGUAUUUCAUACUUUCACUUUCUUUUUUUUUUCUUUCACAACUUGCUUCACCCAAAAAUGGGCAUGUUAUUCAUUCUUCUGGAGUUAUUUAUUUUUUGAAAUAUAAUGUUUUUGGGUUUUUUUUUGUUUUGUUUUUUUGGAACAUUAUAAGAAAUUAUUUUUAUUUAAAUUCAGUCCAAUAAAUUGUUCUGGUGAUGCAAAUGAAUUUACAGUCACCCUGUGUUUUAAAGAAAGAGCAUCAGUGUUUUGAAGUUGUGGAAAGAACCAUGUUCUUGCAUAAUUUUAAUAUUACUCAGGCAUUCUUUUGUAUGAGGCAAUCGCAGCAAUGCUUUAACACCCCAUGUCUCCCAGGCUAAAGAAAAAACUGAGCAGCUUCUCAGACUUUUUCAUGCAUGGGGAAAAAAAAUAAAAAAUCAAGAUCAGCUAAUGCAAGGCAAGCAUUUCCUGGGAAAGGCUGUGCAACAAAAAAUAAAAUCCAUGCUUCAUUUUCAGAAAGACACACCUCCCACCUAAAUGUUUCAAAAGAUGACAUCUCAAAACAAACGUUUUCAGUGUUUUCUGGGUGGUUUGCUUCCACAUUCUGCUUAUGUUUCAUUAAAGCGAGUCUUUAUUCUU